AUGCGGAGCGGGACACGGAAAUGGCUUCCGGAAGCGGCCGCCCUCCGGGGCGGCGGGAAGCUCCGCACGGGAGGGCGGCGGGAAGGGGCCGCGGCCCUGACRGGCUCUGCUCUUGCAGACAAGAUCUGCGACCAGAUCAGCGACGCCGUCCUGGACGCCCACCUGAAGCAGGACCCCGACGCCAAGGUGGCCUGCGAAACGGUGGCGAAGACCGGGAUGAUCCUGCUGGCGGGGGAGAUCACGUCCCGCGCCGCCGUCGACUACCAGAAGGUGGUUCGGGACACCAUCAAGCACAUCGGCUACGACGAUUCCUCCAAAGGCUUUGACUACAAGACCUGCAACGUGCUGGUGGCCCUGGAGCAGCAGUCCCCGGACAUCGCCCAGGGCGUCCACCUGGACCGCAGCGAGGAGGACAUCGGGGCCGGCGACCAGGGCCUCAUGUUCGGCUACGCCACGGACGAGACGGAGGAGUGCAUGCCGCUCACCAUCGUGCUGGCGCACAAGCUCAACGCCAAGCUGGCCGAGCUGCGGCGCAACGGCACGCUGCCCUGGCUGCGCCCCGACUCCAAGACGCAGGUCACCGUGCAGUACAUGCAGGACCGCGGCGCCGUCAUCCCCAUCCGCGUGCACACCAUCGUCAUCUCGGUGCAGCACGACGAGGACGUGUCGCUGGACGAGAUGCGCGACGCGCUCAAGGAGAAGGUCAUCAAGGCCGUGGUGCCCGCCAAGUACCUGGACGACGACACCAUCUACCACCUGCAGCCCAGCGGCCGCUUCGUCAUCGGGGGCCCCCAGGGCGACGCCGGCCUCACGGGCCGCAAGAUCAUCGUGGACACGUACGGCGGCUGGGGCGCCCACGGCGGCGGCGCCUUCUCCGGCAAGGACUACACCAAGGUGGACCGCUCGGCCGCCUACGCCGCGCGCUGGGUGGCCAAGUCGCUCAUCAAGGCCGGGCUGUGCCGCCGGGUGCUGGUGCAGGUCUCCUACGCCAUCGGCGUCUCGCACCCGCUCUCCAUCUCCAUCUUCCACUACGGCACCUCGCAGAAGAGCGAGCGGGAGCUGCUGGACAUCGUCAAGAAGAACUUCGACCUGCGCCCCGGGGUGAUCGUCAGGGAUCUGGAUCUGAAGAAGCCCAUUUAUCAGAGGACUGCAGCCUAUGGCCACUUUGGUAGGGACAGUUUUCCCUGGGAAGUCCCCAAAAAGCUAAAAUACUGAAAAAGUGUUAGGCUUUUUUCCCCGCUCCUGUUGGCGUAGGCUACAGAGAAGCUUUCAGGCUCUGGGGGAAAAGAGCUCCUGUCCCCAAGCUCUCCUGUCCUCCUCUCCCGCUCGCCCCUCCGCCUCUUGCCAGGAUUUCUCUUGUGUGGGGACCACGACGUGGCCUCGGGCCACCCCUCCAUUGCCCCCCGUCCCCAACGGGCGCCCCGCCGGUGGCCGCUGUCCCGGCCGCCUUUUUAAUCUCGUGACGUCUGAGCUCGGAGCGACAUUCCCGGCCUCCUCCGACUGUCGCUUCUUGCCUCCGGGAGCCUCUUGCCGGCCCCGGAGCGCCCCCGUUCACUCCGCUCGCCGCCGCUUCCCGCGGCGGCGCUGGAUUUUAACCGUUUCCAGCUCUUUCCCUCCCGGAGGACGUACGUAAUAAGGAAGG